AGUCGGAAAGUACUGAAAGUUUGGAAGGCAGGCAUUUUGCGAAUCGCACAAUCUACUCUAGUACAUUCAUUCAACACACACAGAAUUUUUCUAAGUUCCAUUUUGUGUGGCGAGGCGAGACUUUGAAAAAUUUUCAUAGCACUUUUGCCUUUGCCGUGUGGCUCGUUGCUUUUACAUUUCAUCUCGUGUUAAGUGGCUGAAAUAAGUAAUUUUUAGCUGCUAAUCGAAGCAGAGAAGUGUGUGCGUGGAAUCUUCCGAAUUUUCGUGUGAAUUUUCGUAGUCGAGACUGUAAAAAUGAGCGUGGAUGUGGCACCCGAGAAUGACAUCAAGACGCAGAAUGGGUCAUCUGAACUGGUGCAAGUGAAUGGUGUCAGUAAUGGUCAUCACAGUGGUAGCAGCAGCAGUAAACAUAAAUCCUCUAGUAAGGAUAAACAUCGCGAUCGUGAUCGUGAUCACAAAAGUUCAAGCUCAAGUUCCAAGGAUCACAAGAGCAGCAGUCGCGAUAAAGAUAAACACCAUAGCAGUUCAUCGUCCAGUAGUAGAGAUAAACAUCGGGAUAAAGAACGCGAUGGCAAGCAUAGCUCCAGUUCAAGUUCGAGCCAUCGUGAUAAGGACCGUGAUAAGGAUAAAGAUAGACACAAAUCAUCAUCGUCAUCGAGCUCUAGCCAUCAUAAAAGCUCUUCAAAAGAUAAGGAACGCAAAGAUAAAGAUCGCGAGCGCAAAGAAAGCGGUAGCUCCUCAUCGAGCAAAGAUAAAGACAAGGAACGAGAUCGCCACCACAAAUCGUCUUCAUCGUCAUCAUCUAGCACACGUGAUAAGGAUAAGGAUCGCCAUCGGAGUUCGUCGUCAUCUUCGAAACACAAACAUUCCAGCUCUAGUUCUUCAAAAUCUUCAUCCGGUGACAAAUCAAAAUUAUUAGAUGGAGAAUUCAUUAAACCAGAGCCGAUCUCACAACCUUUAAUUGAUUCACAGUCAAAUGGUUAUAAUACUGAUUUUGUAGCACUUAGACCCGAACCAGUUGGUAACGACUAUAUGGACGAAUCAAAUACCGGUUUCGAAAAUAGUCAAAAUGGCAAGGAUGGUUAUGAAGAAAAGCCAGACAUUAAGAUGGAAGAACAAAAUAUUAAUAUUUCACAGGCUAGCUCAUGUGAUUAUUCGAUGUCACAAUUUAAAGAGGAUGAGCCUUCAUUUGUCGUAAAAGAGGAGGCCAGUGCUGACGAAGAUAGUAUGUUCAAACAGGAGCGGGAAAAUCAAGAAUACGAGGACGACGAGGAAGAUGUCCCUUUGGCUAUGCGUAAGACAAAUACUAAAACCAUUACUCCCAUUGCUGAGGAGGAGGAUGAUGAGGAGGAUAUACCACUAGCUAAACGUAAAAUAAAAGCAGAGUUGGAAGAAUAUGACGAUGAGGAUGUGCCAUUAUUGGCAAGAAAGAAGGCUAAGAAAGAGUCGUCAUCAGGGAAGUCCAAGAAUAAAAAGAAACGUGUCAAGGAAGAGGAAGAAGAAGAGUAUGGAGAGUCUAAGCCCAAGAAGAAAAAGGCCAAGAAGACCGAGCAACAUACACAAGUUAAACAGGAGACUGUUUCGCCAACUAAACGCAAGAAGAAGGAUGAAGAAGAAGAAGAAGUUUGGAGAUGGUGGGAAGAAGAAAAGCGUGAAGAUGGUGUAAAGUGGAAUACGUUAGAACAUAAAGGUCCCGUUUUUGCGCCACCCUAUGAACGUGUGCCGAAGCAUGUACGUUUCUAUUACGACGGCAAACCCAUGGAAUUGUCUUCAGAGACUGAGGAGGCAGCAACAUUCUAUGCAAAAAUGUUAAAUCACGAUUAUUGCACAAAACAAAUAUUUAAUGAUAAUUUCUUCAAAGAUUUUCGCAAGAGUAUGACAUCGAAAGAACGUGAAAUAAUCAGAGACUUUAAUAAGUGCAAUUUUGAGGAAAUGUUCAGAUAUUUCACCGCAGAAUCCGAAAAACGUAAGAGUGCUACAAAAGAGGAGAAACUGGCUAAAAAGUUGGAAAACGAAGCAUUAAUAAAGGAGUACGGUAUAUGCAUCAUUGAUGGCCACAAGGAAAAAAUAGGCAAUUUCAGAUUGGAACCGCCGGGACUGUUUCGCGGUCGUGGCGAACAUCCAAAAAUGGGUAUGAUUAAACGUCGCAUACAAGCGGAAGAUGUGUCUAUUAACUGUGGCAAAGAUUCGAAAAUUCCACCGCCACCACCGGGUCACCGGUGGAAGGAGGUGCGUCAUGAUAACACAGUAACAUGGUUGGCAUCUUGGACAGAGAAUGUGCAAGGCCAAGUCAAGUAUAUUAUGUUGAAUCCCUCGUCUAAGUUAAAGGGUGAAAAGGAUCACGUAAAAUAUGAAACUGCCCGACGUUUAGCUAAAUCUAUAGAUAAGAUACGUGCCACAUAUCGUGAUGAAUGGAAAUCAAAAGAGAUGCGUGUCCGCCAACGCGCCGUCGCUUUAUAUUUCAUUGAUAAAUUGGCUCUAAGAGCUGGUAAUGAAAAGGACGAAGAUCAAGCUGAUACCGUAGGUUGUUGUUCGCUUCGCGUUGAGCACGUUAAAUUAGAAAAACAAUUAAAUGGUAAAGAGAAUGUUGUCGUAUUUGAUUUUCUGGGUAAAGAUUCAAUUCGCUACUACAACGAAGUUGAGGUUGAAAAACGAGUAUUUAAAAAUCUAGAACUAUUUUUGGAAAAUAAAAAGGAAGGUGACGAUCUGUUUGACCGUCUUAACACGCAAGUGCUCAAUGAACAUUUAAAGGAGCUUAUGGAAGGACUCACUGCCAAAGUGUUCCGUACCUACAACGCCUCAAUUACAUUACAAAACCAGUUGGAUUUACUUACCGAAGAAAGUAUGUCGCCUGCGGAGAAGUUACUUGCCUAUAACCGCGCUAAUCGUGCAGUAGCCAUAUUAUGUAACCAUCAACGUUCAGUACCGAAGGGACAUGAAAAGUCAAUGGAGAACUUGAAGGAGAAGAUACGUCAGAAACGCGAGAUGAUUGAUGAAACCGAGUCGGAUUAUCAUGAUCUUAAAAGAGCUGCCAAGCGUGGAUCGGUAAAAGAACGUGUUAUGGCUGACAAGAAGGCAAAGACGUUGGAAAGAUUAAAAGAGCAGCUAAAGAAAUUAGAAUUACAAGAGACUGAUAGGGAUGAGAAUAAGACGAUUGCAUUGGGCACCUCUAAGUUGAACUAUUUAGAUCCACGUAUUACUGUCGCAUGGUGCAAGAAGCAUGGAGUGCCAAUUGAGAAAAUCUUCAAUAAAACUCAAAGAAAUAAAUUCAUGUGGGCUAUACAUAUGGCUGAUGAAAAUUAUCGCUUCUAAAUACAUAGCCGACGGCAGUGGCAGUCGAAUUCGGCUGCAAGUAUGUCGUAUAAACGUAGAUAAAUGUUGAAGGUUUAAUGUAGCAUUCUACCCUCCCCGAAUGCUGCAGCACUACUACUACCACCACCCACCACUUAACGCUGUAGAUGAAUGCAUGAUGAAUUUAAGCGAAAGAAAGAAAUAUCAAAAUCGGCGACGUCAUUAAUGCUUAUUUAAACAGCAGACGGCAGAUUGAGUUGGGAGACAUUAAAAUAUGCCUCAAACUAUUUCAUAAUAUAUGUAUGAAUUAACUACAUACAUAUAUGCAUAUUAUCCAUAGUAUAUAACGUUUAGUAAGUAACAAUCAACUUAUUUCAUUAUUAACUAUGAUAGACACAACAAUACUUGCAAUACUUGCAAUACAUUUGUAUACAUAAUAUAAUAUGUAUGCCUAGUUAUGUAAGUUAAUAGGAAUAGUUUGCCAUUUUAUGUGUGAAUGGCAACAGACUGUUCUCCUUAUUAUCAUGAACACACACACACACACAACCACGUAUACAUCCACACACACUCAAACAAACAAACAAAAAAAACAUUUAGUAGAACGUAUUAGCGUACAAACUUUAGGAAUUUUUGAAAGUUAAAAUUUUGUUUUUAUUUAUAAAGCACGACAAAUAUUAAAAUCACACAAAAAAAAAGUAAAUUGAAAUGAAAAUUUGCAUAUUUAAAUGGAAGUGCGACGCAGAGCAUACAGCGGCAAGGCGAUUUUUACAACAGUGCGCACUAAUUAAGUUUUAGUAGAAUUUUUUUUUUUUUAAGCAUGUAUACAUAAAUACUAGUGUGUUUUCUUUUUUGAUUUUUCCUCAAGGAAGGGCACACCACUGCAUAUACAGACAUAUAUAUAUAUGUACUAUAUAUGUAUAUGUUAAAUAAACAUUAUUUGAGUUAAAUCAAUUUUUAGCAUAAUUCAUUACAAUUUUAUCUUAUCUAAAUGUAAGAAAAUACACUAUAUAAUAUAAUAAUAAAAAUAAUUUAUAAGUCGUCAGAGCAAGUGGAGAGGGAAAACCGCUUCUUUCUCUCAAAUAUGAGGUAAAUGAAACACAAAUUUAUCAAUGUAGCGGGCUAAUUCAGAAUUUUCCCAAUUAAUGUGUAAUAAUUUAGAUUCGAUCUUAAAUGCAAGUAUGCAAACAUUCGGCGUAAGCAUUGAAAAAAAUAAAACUAGACUUUUAAUUAAACAAGAAAAUAAAAUAAGAAACACAUGCAAUUUA